AAAAUAAACGUCGCAAAAUAUAAACAAUAAAGCGUGCUUUUACAUGUAAAUAAAUUUAAUAAAGUACUAUGGAAGACGAAGAAAGAAUUAAAAUUAGAGAAAAAAUAGCUAAUCUUAGUUUUGAAGAACUUCUAAAAUUAAAAGAACAGGUUGGAUCGAAGACAUACAAUAAAACAAUUUAUGGUAGUAGUGUUACAAAAAAGUCCAAAGCUUUAAAGAGAGCUAAUAAAAAUAGGCCUAGAGAAGUGAGUUCUAAAAUAAGGCCGCAAAAUUUAAGACUUGAAACUGAUAACGUGGUAAAAGCCCCUAAAAAACACAUUCCAAGAGAUCCCAGGUUUGAUCCCUUAUGUGGGCAAUAUGAGGAAAAAAUUUUUAAAGCCAAUUAUGACUUCGUUAAUGACAUACGCGCAAAGGAAAAAGAACAAUUGGAAGAGGAAUUAAAGUCAUGUACUGAUGUUAAUAGAAAAAAGAUCAUUAAGAAUUUGUUACAAAGAACAAAUAAUCAACUGAGGGAACAGAACAGGAAAGAAAAAGAGGAAUUAAAGAAACUUCAAAGAUCAAGUGAAAUAAAGGAAAAGUAUAAACGAGGUGAAAAGCCGCAGUUUAAGAAGAAAUCUGUUGAAAAAUUGGAAAAUCUAAUAGAAAAAUAUGAGGAACUUAAGAAAUCAAACAAAUUACAAAAACACAUUGAAAAACGAUCAAAGAAGUUAUCUAAAAAAGAAAAAAGAAAUAUGGGAAAGGCAGAAAUUCAGUGAUUGUGUCAGAUGUAAAUAAAUAAUACCAAACAUGAUAACAAUAUGAUGUUAAAUUUUUGAAUUCACCUGUUUAAUGUAUUAUAUCAGAUAUAAACCUCACAUAUUAAUGUUAAACAAUCUUUAUUUCAUU